GUUGUUGAGAGCACAUUCCCACGACAACUUAAACUUGAAGUUGCGAUACAUACUUUCAUUUUUUUUCUUUCCAUUUGGCGGCAGAAAACAGAUGUUGGCUCCUGUUGAUGAUGUUGUGGCAUGGGGAGAGUCACUCGACAGUCUUCUGGAGUGUAAAACAGGCCAGCUGGUUUUUGAGGAGUUCUUGAGGACCGAGUACAGUGAGGAGAACCUUCUGUUUUGGCUGGCCUGUGAAGACUACAAGAAAAUUACCAGUGACACAGAAAUGACUGUCGCUGCCAAAAGGAUCUACACCGAGUUUGUCCAGGUUGAUGCUCCCCGACAGAUAAACAUUGACUUCGUGACCAGAGAAGAAAUCGCUGAAAAUAUCUCGCAGCCCAGCCCAAAUUCCUUUGACAGGGCGCAAAGACUGAUAUACGGUCUGAUGGAAAACAACUGUUAUCCUCGAUUCCUGAAAUCAGAAAUCUACCAAGCUCUUCUGGAACAGUCCGAGCAGCAAUGAAAGAAAUGUGAAGAAUAAAAUUCACACAGCGCCUCUGUGAAUGAUUGAUUGUGUACUUCAGCCUCCUCUCCUUAGAACCUUAGAAUCUCAGUGUAAACACACACACACACACACACACACACACACACAAAAGAAAAAAAAGGCUUGUCUAUCAGAGAAAGUGGAAGUGGCAGCUUCUGAGAAGCUUAUUUUGGUUUGUAAGAGUUCAUUUUCUAAGCACAAUUUACUGAUUUUUGAUAUACACAAAAAAAUAAUGAAUGUGACCUGAGAAGUUGGAUGCCAGCUGUCAGAGAGGGGCUCAUGGACUAAAUAAGGUUCACCUUAGGCUAUGUUUUUUUUUCUUUCUUUCUUUUUUUAAUAUCCAAGCAACUCUUCCGACCAUUAUGACACCCCAUUACUGUGUUACACAAUUCAGUCUGACUAUAACUGAGGGGUAUUUUUUAAAAA